AUGGUUGGGCUGGAAGAUAAUACUGAGAGAGAGACGUCACCAGUCGUAGAGAAUGGUUUCUCCAAUGGGUCUCAGUCUUCUCCUACCAAUGAUGUUUUGGCUCCAUCACUGAAGACCACUCAAGGAAAUGAUUCGCUUUCUUAUGCCAACAUUCUCCGGGCAAGAAACAAGUUUGCUGAUGCGCUUGCUCUCUAUGAGACUAUGCUGGAGAAAGAUAGCAAGAACGUUGAAGCUCAAAUUGGAAAAGGGAUAUGCUUGCAGACGCAGAACAAAGGGAAUCUAGCAUUGGAUUGUUUUUCUGAGGCAAUCAGGUUGGAUCCGCAUAAUGCUUGUGCCCUCACACACUGUGGUAUACUUCAUAAAGAAGAAGGACGUCUUGUAGAAGCUGCUGAGUCCUACCAGAAAGCACUAAUGGCAGACGCAUCAUACAAGCCAGCAGCGGAGUGUUUAGCCAUUGUUUUGACCGACCUUGGAACUAGCCUGAAGCUUGCUGGUAAUACUCAGGAGGGAAUUCAGAAGUAUUACGAAGCCCUUAAGAUUGACCCGCACUAUGCUCCUGCGUAUUACAACUUAGGUGUCGUGUACUCUGAAAUGAUGCAAUAUGACAGUGCCUUGGGCUGCUACGAGAAGGCUGCACUUGAGAGGCCUAUGUAUGCUGAAGCAUAUUGUAACAUGGGUGUCAUCUAUAAGAACCGUGGUGACUUGGAGAUGGCCAUUACUUGUUACGAGAGAUGUCUAGCUGUAUCUCCAAACUUUGAGAUUGCGAAGAACAAUAUGGCCAUAGCUCUGACAGAUUUAGGAACAAAGGUUAAACUUGAAGGCGAUGUGAGCCAAGGAGUGGCAUAUUACAAGAAGGCUCUUUAUUAUAACUGGCACUAUGCAGAUGCUAUGUAUAAUCUUGGGGUGGCUUAUGGUGAAAUGCUGAAGUUUGACAUGGCAAUUGUCUUCUAUGAGCUUGCUUUCCACUUCAAUCCACAUUGUGCCGAGGCGUGCAACAAUUUGGGAGUACUCUACAAAGACCGUGACAACCUUGAUAAAGCUGUGGAGUGUUAUCAGAUGGCUCUAUCAAUCAAACCAAACUUCGCACAGUCGCUUAAUAACCUUGGUGUUGUCUACACAGUCCAGGGGAAAAUGGAUGCUGCCGCCAGCAUGAUCGAGAAGGCCAUCCUUGCAAAUCCCACUUAUGCAGAAGCUUUUAACAACUUAGGUGUUCUUUACAGGGAUGCUGGAAAUAUAACUAUGGCUAUUGAUGCUUAUGAGGAGUGCCUUAAGAUAGAUCCAGAUUCUCGGAAUGCUGGCCAGAACCGAUUGCUUGCCAUGAACUACAUCAAUGAAGGACUCGAUGACAAGCUAUUUGAGGCUCACAGAGACUGGGGUUGGCGCUUCACAAGAUUACACCCACAGUACACUUCAUGGGACAAUCUGAAAGAUCCAGAACGACCUAUCACCAUUGGAUAUAUCUCACCAGACUUCUUCACUCACUCUGUAUCUUAUUUCAUUGAAGCGCCCCUCACGCAUCAUGAUUACACAAAGUACAAAGUGGUGGUUUAUUCAGCGGUAGUUAAGGCAGAUGCAAAAACAUACAGGUUUAGGGAUAAAGUGUUGAAGAAAGGUGGAGAAUGGAAAGAGAUAUACGGGAUAGAUGAGAAAAAGAUUGCAAGUAUGGUCCGAGAAGAUAAAAUCGACAUUUUGGUUGAACUCACUGGUCAUACGGCGAACAACAAGUUGGGAACAUUGGCCUGCAGACCAGCACCUGUUCAGGUUACUUGGAUCGGCUAUCCAAAUACUACAGGGUUGCCCACUGUUGAUUACAGGAUUACGGAUUCGUUGGCUGAUCCACCAGAUACCAAACAGAAACAGGUCGAAGAGCUGGUUAGGCUGCCGGACUGUUUUCUUUGUUAUACACCUUCCCCAGAGGCUGGUCCUGUUUGUCCGACACCCGCCCUUUCCAAUGGCUUUGUCACAUUUGGUAGUUUCAACAAUCUCGCAAAGAUCACCCCUAAGGUGCUGCAAGUGUGGGCUAGGAUACUGUGUGCAGUUCCCAAUUCUCGUCUGGUGGUAAAAUGCAAACCUUUCUGCUGCGAUAGCAUUAGGCAGAGGUUUCUCUCGACGCUGGAGCAGCUUGGGCUAGAAUCAAAGCGUGUUGAUCUCUUGCCGCUGAUUCUGUUCAACCACGACCAUAUGCAAGCUUAUUCCUUGAUGGAUAUAAGUUUGGACACAUUCCCUUAUGCUGGAACUACCACUACCUGUGAAUCUCUCUACAUGGGAGUUCCAUGUGUUACAAUGGCUGGUUCAGUACAUGCUCAUAAUGUUGGUGUCAGUCUUCUCAGUAAAGUUGGAUUGGGACACCUGGUUGCCAAAGAUGAGGAUGAGUAUGUUCAGUUAUCUGUUGAUCUAGCCUCUGAUGUCACAGCUCUUUCCGAGUUGAGAAUGAGUCUCCGGGAUCUGAUGGCGGGAUCCCCUGUUUGCAACGGUCCUUCCUUUGCUGUUGCUCUUGAAUCCGCGUACCGUAGUAUGUGGAGAAAGUACUGCAAAGGUGAAGUACCGUCCUCAAGACGAAUGGAAAUGCUGCGAAAAGAAGUCCAAGAAGAUCCUUUAAUCUCAAAAGACUUGGUUACGUCAAGACUCAACGGUACUGGAGAAGCCACUCCUUCCCUCAAGGCCAAUGGUUCUGCUCCUGUACCGUCCUCUUUACCUACCCAAUCCGUGCAGCUCUCAAAGAAAGUGGAGUCCACUAGUUAA